AUGGCCAUGCUGACCACCGCCAUUCUGGCGCUCUCGAUCGCCGCGACGACCACUUUCCUGCUCCCGCAGCUCAUCGGUGGUUUGUUAGGGCUACUCCUGCGCGGUGCGGGGUGGUUGAUCCGCCGACGAACUCGAUCUCGACGUGAAUAUGUGAUCGCGCGGGCGCGGUCGGACGAGGAAGAGCUCAACAAGACGCUACGUGCAACAGAUUCGACAUCCGCACAAGCCCGGAGCUCGACCGAAGAUGAGGAUUGGGAAAAGGUGGACAGUAACGCUGGACCAGGCGGAGGAAGAACACCCACCAACAGCGAUGGCGGGAGCGGCGAGGAAGCAAAGAAGCCGGAUGACUGGGACGGUAUCAUCGGUUUCUUCCACCCGUUCUGUAACGCUGGUGGCGGCGGAGAACGAGUUUUGUGGGAAGCAAUACGGGCAACACAGAGGCGCUGGCCCAAGGCGGUUUGCGCCAUUUACACUGGUGACCAUGAAGUCAACAAGACAAGCAUGCUUGAACGAGUCGAGAAUCGAUUCAAUAUCCGCCUACAUGCCCCUACAGUGGUACUACUGUACUUGAGCACUCGCAAAUACGUCGUCGCCAGCUCCUAUCCACACUUGACACUGUUGGGACAGUCCCUGGGAUCGCUGAUUGUCGCAUACGAUGCUUUCACGCUGCUAGUUCCAGACGUGUUUAUCGACACUAUGGGUUAUGCCUUUACCUUGGCCUUCUGCAAAUGGCUCUUCCCCACGGUACGAACGGGUGCUUAUGUGCACUACCCGACCAUUUCCACGGACAUGCUUGCCUCCCUUGACGAUCAAAGCGGUAUUCAAGGACUCAACUCGGGUGCUGGCAAGGGUCUUAAGGGUGCACUCAAGCGUCGUUAUUGGCAGAUGUUCGCCCAGCUUUACGGUUGGGUCGGCCAACACGUCGAUGUGGUCAUGUGCAACUCUUCAUGGACCGCGGCGCAUAUUCGCAAACUUUGGCGCACGGGCAAAGAGACGACUCCGAGCAGCGACAACUCAUUGAACGCGGGCAACGGCACUCCGUCGUCGCCGGCUGUCGUGUUUCCUCCUACGGCGGUCGCAGAGCUCGAAUCCGCAAUCACCGUUGACGAAGAAAGUGAAAGGACCCGCCACGCCACUCUAUUGUACAUUGCCCAGUUCCGACCUGAGAAGAACCACCCACUUGUCCUCCGCUCCUUUGCGAGAUUCUUACAAGAGCGCGCUCGUAAUCCCGCAUAUGAGGGCCUGCCCUCUCCCCGGCUGGUUCUGAUAGGAUCAGUUCGCCACGGCAGCCCAGACGAAACCCACAUCUACAACCUGCGCCUGCUCGCACACGAGCUGCGUAUCCGCGACUACACCACAUUCCUCUGUGACGCCAGUUGGCCCGCCGUACUGUCCCACCUAGGCACAGCCUCUGUUGGAGUCAACGCCAUGUGGAAUGAGCACUUUGGCAUCUGCGUCGUUGAAUACCAGGCCGCCGGACUCAUCUGCGUGACCCACGACUCCGGCGGUCCCCGUGAAGAUAUCGUCGUCGACUUGGGCGACGGAGCCACAGGCUUCCGCGCCGAAACAGAGGAACAAUUUGCCGCCGCUUUCGAGGCAGCAUUGGCAUUGCCACAGUCAGAGAAGGUUGCCAUGCGAUUACGCGCGAGACGAUCGGCACAGAGAUUCACCGAAGCGGAAUUUUCACGAAAGUGGUUGACUCAAGUUCAGAAGCUGGUCGAAGCCUCGCGAUAG